AUGCGCGGCGCGGCGCGGCGCGGCACGGCCGACGAGACGCUCGCGAGCUGGCGCGCGCAGCCGCUGGGCGCCCGGCUGGGGCUGGCGAUGCUGCGGCAGGGCGAGCCCUCGAGCGAGGCCGCCUACGAGGAGCUGCGCGCCGCGUUCGCAGAGCAGCGGCAGCUAUCGGUGGACGCGCAGCCAGCACCCGCGUGCCCGCACGCCGGCUACUCGGCUUUCGUUCUCGAGCCGACCUCGUUCGAGUUCUACCUCGGAGGCCACCCAGGCUUUCUCAACGAUCGUUUUCUCUUCGUGCGGGACGACGGCGCGGACGCGUGGCGGCGGAUGCGCCUGCAGGCAUGA